GUUCCCCGCCUUCCACUUAUCACCAACUACAGGACGAUGGCGCUGGAUCUCGGCAACGACCAGUACGCCCUCACGUUGCUAGGAAGCAACGGCAGUGACGACCAGUAUGACGGCGCCGGUAACGGUGGUAACAGCCUGGCCACGCGCCCGUACGCUAAAAGCUCGUCCGGUGCAGACAAUGAGCAAAUGCGGUCGGAGAUCGUGCGCUUAGAGAAUGUGCUGGCCAGUCGCAUUGCAGCCCGUGCCAAUCAGGACAAGGCCAACCUGCCACUGGAGCGCUCCAGCAAGAUUGAAAAAUACGUAGAAGUCAUGGAGCUCACCAAGUGUCUACGUCGCCAGAAGGAGUUUUUGCUGAGUGAGAACCGCAAGCGCCAGCGUUUCGCCGAGAAAAUUCAACAGGCCAUGCCGCCGUCCACCGAUAGCAUCCAGUUUAUGAAGAACGUCAAGUACCCGCCCGAUGAGGAGCUGGAGAAAACCUCCCGAGAAGCGUUUAUGGAGAUGAUGGAGUACCAAGUGAGUGGAGAGGCUGCCACGUACAUGGAUUGGCAGACUAAACGCGAGUCCAAGUCGAUGUACAUGCACACGUUUUCCGAGAAGAGUUUCGUGCACGAGGACAUGGCCCGUGUCUUUAACGAGACUUGGGCGAUGUUUCACGAUGAGGCCAAACAGGAGCUGCUGCACCGCCGGCGAAGCAAGUUCUACAUUCUGAAGAAGCUGAACGACAACAUGUACCUGACACGCAACAUUCACCAGUUUAUUGGAGAGAGCUUUCCGCGCCACGCCAUGACCCUUGUGUGUCGCAUUUCGAUUGAUAAGGACACGUUCGCUAUUAUCAGCAAGUCUGUAGUGCCACCCACAAAUGACGCACAGCACCUGGUCUGGACGGACGAGUGCUUCAUGUGGAAGUUUGCACGGCGCAUGGAUGCACAGGGCGGAUUCGACAUCUCUAUUCGCGGCAAAUACGGUAGCACUUCUGCAGUUGCAGGUAACCGCUUGCCAAUGCUUGAGUCGUACUUCCAGCUGGUGGACUGGGAGUCACUUGUCAUUCGCCCAAUGUUCGACUUCGCUGUGGUGUAGCUCCUCGAUGCUGGCUGCUCAGUCGACGCUCGACGGGAGGAAACGGUUUCGAGAAGAAGAAACGAUUACGCCAAAGGGACUUAUUCUGUGCUCGCCCGGCGAGGCCCAGCGCAACUAAGCGUAAUUCUUUUUGUUUUGGCAAUAGUCGAGCUCCCAGUGCGCCAGCCGGCCAACCACACCAGUCGGAAGCUUGUACAUAUCAUAAUGUGCUCGCUUAUAAUUUACUUCUUGUUCAGCUG